AUGGCUGAGUUGGAGAAGACAAUGCCGAAUCCAGAGGCCGUCGGCGUCCCGAUCCGGGACUCGAUCGAGAAUCCGGAGAAGGCCGACAUCUUGCCGCGGGAGGAUGUGAUAGUGGAUCUCUUCUCGCCACUGCCGCCGCUCGAAGGCGUCCCAGAGGAGCCCAUGCCUCUAACCAUACGGGCUCUCGUCGUAGGUAUCGUGCUUGGGUCACUGGUCAACGCCUCCAACGUGUACUUGGGUCUCAAGACGGGCUUCACAUUCGGCGCCUCAAUGAUGGGCGCUGUGUUUGGCUUUGGCGCCAUCAAGAUUCUUCAGAAGAUCGCACCAGGCGUCCCUUUUCUUGGGCUCGAGCAGUUCGGUCCCCAGGAAAAUAGUAUCAUACAGGCUGCCGCAACCGGUGCGGGCGGCAUGACUGGUCUUUUUGUCGCUGCCCUUCCUGCAAUGUACCGCCUGGGUCUUCUGUCCGAGGACCCUCGGGACGACUUCCGCCGUAUUUUGACCCUGACCCUCGUCUGCUCGACAUUUGGUCUCUUCUUCGCCGUCCCGCUUCGAAAGUUCUUCAUUAUUAAUGUGUCGAGAGAGCUGCGCUUGAUCUUCCCAUCCCCCACCGCUACGGCCGUCGCCAUCCGAUCCAUGCAUGCUGUCGGUACGGGUGCCACCGAAGCCAUGAAAAAGAUCAAAGCACUCGGCCUUGCAUUUGGUGUUGCGCUCGUUCAGCGCGUGGCCUCGUACUACGCCAUCGGCAUCUUAUACGACUGGCACGUCUUCACUUGGUUUUAUAUCUGGGGCAACUAUAACAACUGGGCCAUCAAUAUUGAAAAUUGGGGCUGGAUGAUCGAGUGGACACCUGCUUUCUUGGGUUCCGGCAUGCUGGUCGGACUGAACACGGCGAUCAGCAUGUUCUCUGGCACUUUCUUCGCCUGGGGCUUCAUGGGCCCGAUUCUCGUCCACUAUGGCAUCUGUAUUGGCAAGGCUUACGACGAGGAGGAUCCAAAGUGGGGCGGUUAUGUCUCGUUCUACUCCAUGUCCGGCAUGAAUGAUCCCGAUUAUAUUCCCUCCCCACGGUACUGGUUUCUAUGGCCUGGCGUUAUGGUGCUCGUCGCCUACAGCAUGGCAGAAUUCUUGGUGCACUGGAAAGUUCUCUACUACGGCGCAAAAUAUGCGUGGGCUUCGGCAGCUGGUACUGUCAACGAGCUCAUCGCCAAUCGACGCCAGGGCCGCGGUGUCCCCUUUCUCGAACGGCAGUCACGUUCCAAGGAUGACGGGCGCGGGUUGGUCGAGGACUUCGCCACGCCGGACCAGCAGGUUAGCGGUUGGGUUUGGAUGGUUGGUACCAUCGUCGUUGUGGUCAUGACGUGCAUAAUCGGCGAGUUCCAGUUCGGCAUCAACGCAGGCCUCAGCAUCCUGGCCAGUCUCCUCGCCAUUAUCUUCGCAUUCCUCAGCAUUCACGGGGCUGGCGUUACUGAUAUUGCCCCGCUCACUGCUAGUGCAAAGGCUUCUCAGCUGGUGUUCGGCGGCAUCACCAGCGGGCAAGGGCUCAGUAUCAAGACCGCCCAGGCCACGAAUCUUGUCGCCGGUGGUAUCGCUUCUGGGGCUGCGGACAUGUCCCAGUCUCUGGUCAGUGACUUCCGAGUUGGGUUCCUGCUGAAGACGCCGCCAAAUCUGCAGUUCUGGGCUCAGGGUCUUGGGACUGUUGUUGCUAUGUUCUUGGCUCCAGGUAUUGUCACCGCCUGGCAAGCCGUUGCGGAAGCAGUCACAAACCCUCGGGUGCCUAUUCCACUCAGCUCCGGCAUCUUCGCCCUUGUGCUUGGCGGUGUUUGUAUCGCCCAGGUUGUCCUCAAGAAUUUCUUCUUGGUAGGAACACGCGAGAAGUAUCGACAAUGGCUGCCCAACUGGAUGGCAAUCGGCGUUGCCUUCGUCAUUCCGCAGACGUACUAUAGUACAGCGACGCUUAUGGGCGCCAUUGUGAGCCAUUUCUGGCAGAAGAAGAAGCCGGCCAAUUUUGAGAGAUACUGCUUCGCCGUGGCCGCGGGACUGAUUGCUGGGGAGGGGCUGGGUGGUGUCAUUGGUGCCGCUCUCCAGCUGGGCGGUGUCUCUGGUGACGUCUACGGCACCAUGGUCGGCUGUCCUAUGGAUUCGUGUUAA